AUGUCUGAGUGGAAUUUGCUGUUCACUGGUGCUGCUUACGUUCCUCCAGGCAUUUCGUAUCCUCAGGAUGUUUAUUCCUGGUCGGUGGGUAUUGAUAAUGUGGACAUUACUCCUGGUAAGUUUGGUUACACGAACUGGCAGAUUGCUGGAGCUGGUGGCGCUUCUCUUCCUGCUGGUCUGAACUUCGAUAGCACGAGUGGUGCUAUUACUGGUAUUCCUACGGAGGGUUUGGAAGAAACUGUGUUCACUGUGUCUGCGACGUAUUCUGUGGACAGUCAAGUCUACACUUGCACGAUUACGAUUACUGUUUUGUCUUGCGAUCUGCCCAACUACAUUUCGGUUUCAGUGGAGAAGGUGAACUACAAUACCGCCUCUGAGACUUGGACGAUUAAGAACAGUGAAGGACAAUCGGUUCUUGCAUCGAGCAACACGGAGAGUUUGGUGGGUACUUGCUUGCCUGUUGGUGAAUACACGGUGACGAUGACGAGUUCUUCGGGUACGACAUGGCAGAGUACUUCUUUGAUGACGAUUAAUGCUCUUGCUGACGGUCAUUCGUUUGUUUUGGCGAAGACUCGUCUGACAAUUGAAGGUGAGGAUUCGUUUGUGUUGCCGAUUGAUCUUCCUCUGCUUCCUGCUUCGGCUGGUUCGUUCAAGUAUCUUGCUGAUGGAACGGUUCCUUCGAACUGGUACACGAGUGGUUUCUCGGAUUCUGCCUGGACGACUCUGGAUGCUUCUUCGCGUCCUACGACUGCGCAGAAGGUGAAGCUGUUCCGUGCGACGUUCAAUGUGGCUUCGAAGGAGGGAGCUCAAGGAUUUGAGUUGUAUCUGAAGGCUCGCAACGGAGUUCUUGCGUACUUGAACGGAGAGGAGAUCUAUCGUUCUUAUCUGGAAGCGGGCGAUCUUACGGCUGAAUCGACUCCGACUGGAGGAAGCUCGGUGUACAAUUGGAGACGUGUGACGGGAGCGAUCAGUCACAUCAAUGCUGGAAGCAACACGAUCGCUGUGGCUGUGCUGACUCUGGGAAGUGCGGAUAUCGAGAUUGAGUUUGAUAUGCAUCUUCGAUUGCUGAAGGAUUCGCACAUCCAUCCUCGCUAUUGGGAUUAUUCGACGGCUGGUACUACUUCGAGCGAGGUUGGUAAGCUGUUCGAUAUGAAUCCUUCGACUUAUGCUUAUGUGUACAAGGCGACUACUCCGACUCAGAAGUUCACGAUCCAGUUCGCGAACGAUGGAGCCGAAUAUUUCAACAACUACUGCUUCAUAACGAGUUCUCAGUCGAAUAAUUAUGAUCCUCGUGAGUGGAGCAUUGAGGCAUCGAUGGAUGGUCAGACCUUCAGCGAGUUGAAGAGCGAGUCUGAGGUGUACUUCGAUUCGCGUUCUACGGAGUAUUGCUUCUACAUGCCUUCGAAUACAAAGGCGUGGACAUACUACCAACUGACUCUGAAGAAGGCUCGUGUGGACGACACUGAUAACUACUAUGCUCUUGCUGAUUGGAAUUUGUUGUUGCAGGACUAUUCUUCGCUGGAGAUUCCGGAGCUGUCGUUCAGUCCGAGCGAGAUUACUGCCUAUACGGGUGCUGAAGUGCCUGGAUGGACUUGCUCUUCUUCCUAUUACAACACGUUCUCGAUCACUCCUGAGCUUCCGAGUGGACUUUCGUUCAGUACGACGACUGGAAUGAUCACUGGAACUCCCACGGACAUCAAGGCUUCGACCGUGUACACGAUCACUGCGCUGAAUCCUCUGGGCGAUGAGAAGACGGCGACGGUGACUCUGACGGUUCAGGAGUGCGCUGGAGACAUGGUAUCCUUCAGCAUUGAAUUGACGUUCGAAACGGGAGCCUCUACGUGCUCGUUCGUGUUGAAGGAUCGUGCGACUGGUGAGGAAUUGGAGGAGCGCUCGAACUUCGCUGACCACAGUUCGAUCUCGAUUCCGAUGUGUCGUCCUGCAACGACGUAUGCUCUGGUGCUGAAGAAGCAAGGCACUGGCGGUUGGGGCAACAACAAGGCGACGGUGAAGCUGGCGGAUGGGCGCACGCUUCUGUCGGAGUCGCUGGCUGCCGGAGCGACGGAGAAGGAGUACAACUUCAAUCCUGCGUAUUCUGUGUAUCCUCAGUGGACUCACUGGAGCUACCUGGUGGACGGCACGGCCGCUCCUGCGGGCUGGAACACUCUGAGCGGAGCUCCCUCGAACUGGGAGACGCAGCGACCGGGUCAGUUCCCUGCGGCCAGCGGUGUGACUCAGUACUAUUUCACGAAGUUCCAGAUCGAGGAUCUGACGGAGUUCGCUUCGAUGGACAUCGCUGUGAACGUGAAGGCCGGAGUGGUUGUGUAUCUGAACGGAGUGGAGAUCCGUCGCUACAAUCUCCCCGAGAAUACGGAGGUGAAGGAGGAUACUGCGGCUACGGGCGAGAGCGGCGAACCGUUCUUGCUGGUGAUCGGAGAGGCCGUGCAGAGAGAGCGGCUGGUGGUGGGCGAGAACAUUCUGGCGUUCGAGCUGCAUCGCUACGAGGCGAACGAGGAGACGAACAGCUUCGAUGGAUCUGCGAUUCUGAUUCUGGACAACAUGUACAUGCUGCUGGAUGGUACGGGUACGACGGUGCCUGCUUUGACCGGAGUCGAGGGAUCGGACAAGGUAUUCGAUAACAAUUCGGCCACGAAGAUGCUGACUGCUACUGGAAUCUGCGAGGGUGUGGAGCUGAUCUGGUCGUGGAGCAAUGAUCGUCGUGAACCGAUCGGUCGAUACGGUCUGGUGUCUGGAAAUGACUGCAACAACCGCCAUCCUUCGGGUUGGACUCUGUAUGGUUCGAAUGACGGAGAGAACUGGACGAUUCUGCAGUCGAAGGCUGGUCAAAUGUUCACUUCGUACUUUGAGCAGAAGCUUUACAACAUGUUCAAUGUGAAUCCGUACAACAAGUACAGAUUGGUGGCUACGGAGUGUUCCAACACCGAUUCGAUGAAUUGUGAUAACUGGGGACAGACGAAGAGAUUCCAGCUUGCUGAUUUCUAUCUGUUCACCAAACUGAUCGCCUCGAAUGAGUAUUGCCGUCCUGAAGGCGACUUUGAAGGAGCGAUGAACGGAGAUAUUGCUUAUGCUGAGUGUCCGAAUCUUUAUGAGGGAACUCGAAGCCGUUAUUGCAACAAUGGAACGUUCGCGGAGGAAGUGACUGCCUGCUAUCCUUCCAUUCCUCAGGGUAUUGAUUAUGGUGCUACCACUUUGGAACUCACUCAGAACAAGGAAGUGAACGUUGUUCCUACGAUUCUUGGCGUUGAGGUGACUGUGACUUCGUUCCCCACGUUGCCUGCGGGUCUGACUCUGGUUCCUUCGACUGGAGCGAUCACUGGCAAGCCGACCACGGUGCAGGACUCUCGAAAGUACACGAUUUCUGUGAAAAACGAGGGAGGAACGAUCACCACUACGAUCAACAUUCUGGUGUUGGAAGCUCCUGUGAACUAUGUGUUGAUUGUACUGAUCGUUGUUGUCGUGAUCAUCGUGAUCGUGGCGAUUGUUGUUCUGAUAGUGUUGUUGAGCAAGAAGAAGAAGAGCGGAGCGAAGAAAUCGAUGCCGAAGUCGGCUAAGUCUGCGAAGGCUCCGGCUCCGAAGCCAGCUCAGGUAAAGACGAAGACUGCUGUGAAGGUCUAAAGUCGAGAGCUAUGAAUAAUGUUGCAUGUAUGCAGAAUUGGCUA